CUGACGUGAGUGUAUCCAGGCCAGCUGGGAUAGCGGUGAUGGCUCUGAGACUGCUGGACACGCCUAUAAACUACAGCCAGGGUCCACAGUAGACUUCUCAACUAUCAUCCUUAGCUGGCGAUGGGCUGCUCCCACCGGCUUCUGCUGUGGCUGGGAGCUGCGGGAACCAUUCUUGGCUCCACCUCGGAGUUCCAGGCACCUUUUCUAACAUCCUCACCUUUGCCGGUGCUGGCUCCCUAUUCCCAGGAGCAGAAAGUCACCCCCUCGCCCAGUAGAUUGGAGCCAGCUUCCCUCCCAAAUCCUCUAGGCACGCGGGGGCCUUGGGUGUUUAAUACCUGUGGCGCCAGCGGUCGGAGGGGACCCACACAAACACAGUGCGACGGGGCAUACACAGGAAGCGGCGUGCUGGUGACAGUGGGGGCUGACGGGCCGCUCAAAGGCGUGCAGCUGUGGCGGGCGCCAGACACCGGCCAGUAUCUGAUCUCCGCCUAUGGAGCGGCGGGCGGCAAGGGCGUCCGAAACCACCUGUCGCGGGCGCACGGCAUCUUCCUCUCGGCAGUCUUCUUCCUCAGUCGCGGGGAGCCGUUGUACAUCCUUGUAGGGCAGCAGGGCCAGGACGCCUGUCCGGGAGGGAGCCCCGAGAGCCAGCUCGUCUGUCUGGGAGAAUCUGGGGAGCAUGCGACGACCGAAAGACGCUGGGCCGGCGGGGGCGGGGGUGGCGGGGGUGCCACCUACAUCUUCCGGCUGCGCAUGGGGGAGCCAGAGCCGCUGCUGGUGGCGGCGGGAGGCGGCGGGAGGUCCUACCGGAGGCGACCUGACCGCGGCCGGACUCAGGCCGCCCCCGAGAGGCUGGAGACCCGCGCGGCGGCGCCGGGCAGCGGGGGGAGAGGAGGCGCGGCAGGUGGAGGGGGCGGCUGGACGUCACGGGCCCCCUCUCCGCAGGCCGGACGCUCGCCGCGGGAAGGGGCCGAGGGCGGCGAGGGCUGCGCGGAAGCCUGGGCUGCGCUCCGCUGGGCUGCGGCGGGAGGCUUCGGGGGCGGCGGCGGGGCCUGCACGGCAGGAGGUGGUGGCGGCGGCUACCGGGGUGGUGAUGCUUCUGAGUCUGACCUCCUCUGGGCUGAUGGGGAAGAUGGCACCUCCUUUGUCCACCCCAGUGGCGAGCUCUACCUACAGCCUCUGGCAGUCACAGAGGGCCACGGGGAGGUGGAGAUCCGAAAGCACCCCAAUUGUAGUUACUGCCCUUUCAAAGACUGCCAGUGGCCGGCAGAGCUCUGGACGGCUGAGUGCACGUGCCCAGAGGGCAUGGAGCUAGCUGUGGAUAAUAUCACUUGCAUGGACCUGCCGACCACCACAAGCCCUCUGAUCCUGAUGGGCGCUGUAGUGGCAGCCUUGACACUGAGUCUCCUUGUGAUGUGUGGAGUCCUAAUUCUAGUGAACCAGAAGAAGUGUCAGGGCCUGUGGGGGACCAGGCUGCCAGGCCCUGGGCUUGAGCUGAGCAAGCUUCGAACCUCUGCCAUCAGGACAGCACCCAACCCCUAUUACUGUCAGGUGGGGCUCAGCCCUGCCCAGUCCUGGCCUCUGCCCCCAGGGCUCACUGAGGUUUCCCCAGCCAAUGUCACUCUACUCAGAGCCCUUGGUCAUGGUGCCUUUGGAGAAGUGUACGAGGGACUAGUGACUGGUCUUCCUGGGGACUCCAACCCUCUUCCGGUGGCUGUCAAGACCCUGCCAGAGCUCUGCUCCCGUCAGGAUGAGCUGGACUUUCUCAUGGAGGCUCUGAUCAUCAGCAAGUUUAGCCAUCAGAACAUUGUACGCUGCGUGGGGCUCAGCUUCCGGGCUGCCCCUCGCCUCAUUCUGCUGGAGCUGAUGUCUGGUGGGGAUAUGAAGAGCUUUUUGAGGCAUAGCAGACCACAACCGGGGCAGCUGUCACCUCUGACCAUGCAGGACCUAUUACAGUUGGCCCAGGAUAUAGCCCAGGGCUGCCACUACCUGGAGGAAAAUCACUUCAUCCACAGAGACAUUGCCGCCCGUAACUGUUUGCUUAGCUGCAGCGGCGCCAGCCGAGUGGCCAAGAUUGGAGACUUUGGAAUGGCAAGAGAUAUCUACCAGGCCAGUUAUUAUCGCAAGGGGGGCCGGACCUUGCUCCCAGUCAAGUGGAUGCCCCCAGAAGCUCUCCUGGAGGGUCUUUUCACGUCCAAGACAGACUCCUGGUCUUUUGGGGUCCUGCUCUGGGAGAUCUUCUCACUGGGUUAUAUGCCCUACCCUGGACAUACCAACCAGGAGGUUCUAGACUUCAUUGCCACAGGGAACAGGAUGGAUCCUCCUAGGAACUGUCCCGGGCCAGUGUACCGAAUCAUGACCCAGUGCUGGCAGCAUCAGCCUGAGCACCGCCCUGACUUUGCCAGCAUCUUGGAGCAUAUUCAACACUGCACUCAGGACCCUGGUGUGCUGAACUCACCCCUGCCUGCGGAACCUGGGCCCAUUCUAGAGGAGGAGGGGGCCUCUGGGCUGGGAAAUAGGUCACUGGAAGGUCUUAGAUCCCCAAAGCCCUUGGAGCUGAGUUCCCAGAACUUGAAAAGCUGGGGAGGAGGCCUUCUUGGCUCUUGGCUGCCCUCUGGCCUCAAGACCUUCAAACCCAGAUGCCUCCAACCUCAGAACAUUUGGAACCCCACCUAUGGCUCCUGGACCCCAAGGGGCCCCCAGGGUGAAGAUUCAGGCAUUGACCUCAGCAAUGGCUCCUCCUCAAAUCCCUUUCCAGGCAUCCAGUAGACAUCCAGAAAGACUGGCAUGUUUCAGGGAUGUGCUGGCAUGUUUCAGGGAUGUGCUGGCAGCCUGGCCUUUCACACUGGAAACCAACCCAGACCCUCUUAGGGAAGGGCCUGCACUACUUUCAGUCUUUGGAACCAGAGGUCAUCCACCCACUGCAGGAGUCAGUUGGGAAUCCUGGAUAGUCCACUCCCCUCUUAUCUUUCUUCUGGCCUAUUCCAGUGCUAUAAAUGUUUUUGAUGAUGAUGAUGAGAUAUUAUAAUAAUAAUAAAUAAUAAUAAUAACAAUAAUAAUAAAAACAACUCUUCUAA